GUCUCUUGAUGGCCGCCUCCAGGUGUCCCACCGCAAAGGGUUGCCGCACGUCAUUUACUGCCGCUUGUGGCGCUGGCCCGACCUCCACAGCCACCACGAACUUAAGGCCAUUGAAAACUGUGAAUAUGCUUUUAAUCUUAAGAAGGAUGAAGUGUGUGUCAAUCCUUACCAUUACCAGAGAGUGGAGACUCCAGUUUUGCCUCCGGUGCUGGUGCCACGACACACUGAGAUUCUGACGGAACUCCCACCUCUGGAUGACUAUACUCAUUCCAUUCCUGAAAACACUAAUUUCCCCGCAGGAAUUGAACCCCAAAGCAAUUACAUACCAGAAACGCCUCCUCCGGGCUAUAUCAGCGAAGAUGGAGAAACAAGUGACCAGCAGUUGAACCAAAGCAUGGAUACAGGAUCGCCUGCAGAGCUGUCUCCUAGUACCCUCUCUCCUGUCAAUCACAGCCUAGACUUGCAGCCGGUCACCUACUCGGAGCCGGCCUUUUGGUGUUCCAUAGCAUAUUACGAACUCAACCAGAGAGUGGGCGAAACGUUCCACGCAUCGCAACCUUCGCUGACCGUCGACGGCUUCACGGACCCCUCCAACUCGGAGCGAUUCUGCCUAGGGCUGCUCUCCAACGUCAACCGGAACGCCACGGUGGAAAUGACAAGACGGCACAUAGGAAGGGGAGUGCGCCUGUAUUAUAUCGGUGGCGAAGUUUUUGCCGAGUGCUUAAGCGACAGCGCAAUCUUCGUGCAGAGUCCCAACUGUAACCAGAGAUACGGCUGGCAUCCGGCAACUGUGUGCAAAAUCCCGCCGGGUUGCAACCUGAAGAUCUUCAACAACCAGGAAUUUGCUGCUCUCCUGGCUCAGUCUGUGAAUCAGGGCUUCGAAGCCGUGUACCAGCUCACCCGGAUGUGCACCAUCAGGAUGAGCUUCGUCAAAGGAUGGGGAGCGGAGUACAGGCGCCAAACGGUGACCAGCACCCCCUGUUGGAUCGAGCUGCACCUGAACGGGCCUCUGCAGUGGCUGGACAAAGUAUUGACUCAGAUGGGGUCCCCCUCAGUGCGAUGCUCCAGCAUGUCGUAAUCUCGGCGGGCUCAGAAGACGGAAGUCCUGGCAAUCAACUCGACGCGUGGUCUCCAUGAACUGUUUUUUCCUAUCCCAAAAAAAAAAAAAAAAAAGUUCUGAG